GUUUAGCUCACUAGUCGAUUGGCUUUUGUUUCACGCGGAUGCAUGCUUAUGCUGAUAUUCGCGAAAAAAACCAUACAUAGCCUACUUUGUGACGGUGCGCAGGUAUUGCUUUAAUUUUGGCAUUGUGAAUAAUAUAUUCCUCAUCUAGGAUGGCCUUCUUUAAGGCCAUUUGGAAGCCGAGCUCGAAACACGAGAAAUUAUCCGAACAACUGGCCCUGCAAAACUCCAAAAUGGAAACGGAACCAAAUGAAAAUUUCAGUUGUGAAAAUGAUGUGGUGACUUUCAAAUUGAAGUACCUUGGUAGCACAGUUGUAGAAAAGAAGGCAGAGAACAGUAUCACCACAGAAGCUGUCAAAAAUAUUUUAAAAACGACAAAAGCAGCUAAAGGAAGGAAGAAGCUACAAAGGGUAAACGUAAUGAUUUCCCUUCAAGGAAUUGAAGUCACAGAUAUGCAAGGAAAUUAUGUUUUAAAAAUAUCCAUUUAUAGAAUAUCCAAUUGUUCGACUGACCCCACCCACCGGCAGAUAUUCUCCUUCAGUUCGACCGAUGAAAACGACAUCACUGAGUGCCAUGCUUUCCUAUGCUCGAGGAGAAAAACAGCUGAAACCGUCACUCUCGCAGUAGGCCAUGCUUUCAACGCCGUCUACGAGGUUUGCAGACUAGGCCCUGAAUCGCCCCAAGUCGAUUUUCAGAAGUUGGAGAUAGUCGAGAAUGAGGAUAGAAAUGAUAGAAUGAAUAUAAAUCGUCAUCCUCACGAAGAUGUGAUUAUUUCGAGAGACGAUGAAGAUGUGGAUGAGAGGUUGAUUAGUUUUGAUGAUGAUGAACCAGUCUUAGCCGCCGAGGAAGAUUUAUUUUCCUUUGAUACACCACUUCUUAGGAAUAAUGUUCAAACACACUGGGUUUGUUUUGAUGAUGACUUCAUUAGUGGAACUCCAUCUAAAACUGCCCAAACUUCCGAAAUGGUUAUGGUCUAAUAAGAAGGGUGGAAUAUAGUUAAUUAUCAAAUUAGAUCAUUUUGCCAGUGCAACGAAGUCCCACCCAAUAUAGGUCCUCAUUUUCAUAAAAUCUCCUUCACCAAAUAUUAUAUUGAAUGUUAUCUACUUCUAUCGUGAAAAUAUAGUGCGUAAUAUUUAAUUAAAACUCAUCGGAAAUAUGUUUUUUUAAGUUUCAUUUGAAAUUAU